AUGUUUACACUUUUUUCAAAACAACAUAAACUUACAUAUUUUCAAACAGCUCACGCGCACAUUUUUCGUAAAAUUUCUCAACAUAACAACCAACCACGAAAGAAAAAUCAUAGCAACACAAAAUUUAUUUACCAAAAAGGCGUUGUUGGUUCAAUAAAUCGCGUUAUAUUUAAGAAUACACAGCCAUACAUACACAUGUGCAAUGGAAGAUAUGCACGCGUACUCCGGCGGCCAUAAAUUCUGAUAAACUCUGAAUGUUAUAACACUCAAAUAGGACAUUUAGCGGCACAUGCUCGAUUCUUAAUUGUUUUGAUUGCUCCGAAAACCACUUUGAUAAGGAUAUUAGCAAAUAAAUCAAACACGAGCGGGCAAACGCUAAAUAUAACACAACAUUACUUUUCGUGAAUCAAAUAAUUUAAAUAUAAAAGCAAAGAAUUUGAUUAAAUGUAUGGCAGAGCUGGUAAUACGGUGCCACAUGAGCGUAUGCGUGUAAGUUUCUGCACCGACUUGGAUAAAUCAGUUUUGGUGAAUAAUUUCGAAAAACGCGGUUGGACGCAAGUGAGUCCGGAUGAUGAUUGGAAUUUCUAUUGGGCUAGUGUACAGACAUGUCGCAAUAUAUUUAGUGUUGACAGUGGCUAUCGUAUGCAUGAUAAUCAAAUGAUCAAUCAUUUUCCAAAUCAUUAUGAACUUUCACGUAAGGACUUGUUGGUAAAAAAUAUUAAACGUUAUCGUAAGGAUCUUGAGAGGGAAGGUAAUCCGUUGGCGGAACGUUCUGAGCCCACUGCGGCGGGAGCGCCUCGUUAUGUGUAUUUGGAUUUUGUACCAAUCACUUUUGUUUUGCCGGCUGAUUACAACAUGUUUGUUGAAGAAUAUCGUAAAAACCCACAAAGCACUUGGAUUAUGAAACCCUGUGGCAAGUCGCAGGGUGCCGGCAUAUUCCUAAUCAAUAAACUAUCGAAAUUGAAGCGUUGGUCACGUGAAGCAAAAGGUCCCUUCCAUCAGCAAUUGUCCAAGGAAAGCUAUGUGAUUUCAAAAUACAUUGACAAUCCACUACUGAUUGGCGGCAAAAAAUUCGAUUUACGCCUCUACGUGUUGGUCACAUCAUUUCGUCCACUAAAAGCAUAUUUAUUCAAACAGGGCUUCUGCCGUUUUUGCACUGUCAAAUAUGAUACAAGCGUUACGGAGCUGGAUAAUAUGUAUGUACACUUGACGAAUGUGAGUGUACAAAAGCAUGGCGGCGAAUAUAACAAUUUACAUGGUGGCAAGUGGUCCGUACAGAAUUUAGCACUUUACUUGGAAGGUACACGCGGCAAGGAGGUGACCGAUCGUCUAUUCGGUUCCAUAGCCUGGUUAAUUGUACACUCACUGCGCGCUGUAGCGCCUGUAAUGGCUAGCGAUCGCCAUUGCUUUGAAUGCUAUGGCUAUGACAUUAUUAUCGACAACAAUCUGAAGCCUUGGUUGGUGGAAGUAAAUGCUUCGCCAUCGCUCACCUCAACAACAGUCACUGAUCGGAUAUUAAAAUACAAAUUGAUUGAUAAUAUAUUAUCGGUAGUGUUACCGCCCGACGGUGUACCCGACGUUCGUUGGAACAAGAUACCCAGCGCUGACGCAUUGGGUAAUUUCGACCUUUUGUUGGAUGAGGAGCUGGCAGCACAGGAAGAACAGGCACAGAAUGCUCAACCCAGCACGAAAGGAAGAGGUGGUGGUAAUCGUUGGAAGUGAUGAUAAAAAUUAUAUUGUUUUUGGCGCUUUAUACCCGCUGAAGUGACUUUCGGCCCAGCUCUUACUACAAUUCGGGGUGUGCAUGUUAAGAUUUUAUCUACUAAUGGAGGGACCUACAGUUUGCGAAGAUUUAUUAAGCGGGGGUUUCUUAACUGCCGUGUAUAUUUUUUAAUGUUAAUUAUUUUAAAGCGCUAUCGUACUCAUAUUGGCAUAAAAUUAUAAGUGAAAAAUAUAGAUAUAGACAAAUACUUACGUGCUAA